GAGAAUGGUGUACUCUCGUCGUUUUAAAGUCUUUAAUAUUUGUGCUUAUUCUCUAAUCAAACAAGAAUUUAUAAUCGCAACUCUUAAUUGGGCGGUGAAUACGAGUGAAUAGGCAUAGGCAACGCUAGCGUAAGCAGGCUGCCAUCAGUCUGCUGGGCGUUUUGAAAGUGGUGGUACUUGUACGAAAACUUGAGUAUUGUAUCGCGUAAAAUGUCAUCUAGUAUCAAUAAAAAACUACUGGUUGCUGUCCAGGAAUCCAGACGAUUUAUGGUCGACUGUUUUACGGCUGUGAAUGUUCCUCAAGAUCAUGCUAAGCAAAUGGCUGACUUAUUAGUUGCGGCGGAUUAUCGUGGUCAUUUUAGUCAUGGCAUGAACCGAUUAGAAAUGUAUUUAAAUGAUUUGACGAUUAAUUCCACCGAUGGCGCUGCAGUUCCCAAAAUUUUAAAGGAAACUCCCUCAACAGCAUGGGUAGAUGGUUGCAACGGACUAGGAGCCGUUGUGGGAAACUUUUGCAUGGACUUAGCCAUAAAGAAGGCCAAGCAGGUAGGUGUGGGUUGGGUUUGUGCCAGAGGCUCAAACCAUUAUGGCAUUGCUGCCUGGUAUCCAAUGAGAGCCAUGAAAGAGGGUUUAGUUGGCAUGUCAAUGACAAAUACAUCGCCUUUGAUGGCUCCCACCCGCUCAAAAGAAGCAGCAUUGGGCACAAAUCCCUUGUGCUUAGGAGUGCCCGCUAAGAAUGACAAAUUUUUGUUGGAUAUGGCAACCACUGCUGUUGCUGUAGGCAAAAUUGAGAUACAACGUCGUAAGGGUGCUCCACUACCCGAUGGUUGGGCCCAAGACCCAGAUGGUAAAGUGACCAAUGACGCAGAAUUGGCAUUCAAAACGGGAUGCUUAAUGCCACUAGGUGGUCUGGAAAUAAAUUCUGGUUAUAAAGGCUAUGGUCUUGGCGGCUUAGUCGAUAUCUUAUCUGGAGUAAUGUCUGGGGCGAAUUAUUCAACGAAAGUUCGAAAAUGGACUCAUGCUGGAGCUAACACAGCUGCUGACCUAGGACAGGUAUUCAUUGCGGUUGACCCCAACUGUUUUGCUCCAGAUUUUGAAGAGAGAAUGUGCGAUUUCAAUGCCCGCCUACGUGGUUGCACACCGACUGACCCUGCAAAGCCCGUGCUUGUCGCCGGUGAUAAAGAAACAAUCAAUAUGAAGGCAGUUGAUGAAGCUGGCGGCAUAGAGUACUUGCCAAAUCAAUUAAAAACUUGUGAAAUAUUAUCUGAGCGUUUCAAAGUCAAGCCAAUAGGAUUCGUUUAAAUUAUCCAUUUAUUAACCCUACACCAGCACUGUGGUCCAAGGUAUUACAACUUUGUUCGGGUUUUUCAAUACCAAAAAGAAGGAGCUAUGACCAGAAUCACUACCGUGAUAUUACAAACGUCUUACGAAAUGUUCCGUUCGAUAUCUUAGAAAGUGUCUAAAUUCAAAAUUAUGUUAGAUGUAUAUGUAGCUCUAAUACCUAAAGUCUAUUUUAUAUGUUAAAGUAUUUUCUUAACAGUAGCUGGAAGAAUGGGCGGUGUAGGUUAUUGCAUAACAGACUUCGCCCAUUUUUGUCUUGUCUGUCUUGUUACAGUUGUAGUUGGUACUUUCAGUGGUGUAUGGUAUUGUAAGGUCUACUUUGUCCGACAUUCUCCUUACUUUACUUGUUUUGUGAUUGACUUGCAUUAUGACGCUGAAUGUGUAUUUGCACGUAAAUUUGUAGAGUUGCAUUUUCCAUUUAUUUUUUAUUUUAUUGUCUAAUUUCUAAAUAUAGUUGCUCUGUCUUACACAAUUGAUAGCUUUAAUAAAUAUUUAAUUAAAAAUUAAA